AUGUGGGACGGGAUGGUGGCCAACGCGGCGGCGGUCGCGCAGGUCGCCGGCGUCGACCCCCUCGGUCUCAUCUCCAAGAUCCGGCAGGCGGCACUGACGGCCCGGCAGAACCGCAGGGACUGCGAGCACCUAGCCCGCCGCGCCGGCAUGCUCGCCGAGCUGCUGCCGUGCCUGCGGGACCCGGAGGCCGCGGGGACGCUGGCCGGGCUGGGCGACACGCUCGCGGAGGCGCACGACCUCGUCGUGUCCUGCCAGGGGCGGGGCCGCGCGCACGAGUUCUUCACCGCCUCCAGCAAGGCCGAGCGGUUCAGGGACGUCGAGAGGAAGAUCGAUUCCUACCUCCUGCUCGUCCCCGUCAUCAGCCACAUCGGCAUUGCCCGCCGCCUUGAUGGUGGGGUCGCGCCGCCGCCGCCGAGCUCCCACUCCCUGAGGACCCAGCCGGAUGUAGGGGAUAAGGAGUUCACGCUGGCGGAGAUCACGGCGGCCACGAGCAACUUCGCCGUCGUGCUCAGCGACGACGGCGACUCCGGAACGGUGUACUGGGGCAGGCUUCGCGACGGGCAGGAGGUGGCCGUCAAGCGGCUCAAGCCCGGGUGUCGCGGCGCCGAGGACGCCUUCGGCACGGAGCUCGCCAUCCUCGCGCCGCUCCGCCACGACCACAUCGUCCGCCUCCUGGGCCGGUGCGCCGAGGGCGCGGAGCGCGUCGUGGUCACCGCCUACGCGAGCAACGGCUCCCUCCGCGACCACCUGCACGGCCGCCGGGCGUCCUCGUCGUCCCCAGUGACGGCGUCCUGGGAGGCGCGCGUCCGGGCGCUGCUGGGCGCGGGGCGCGCCGUCGAGCACCUGCACCGCCGCGCCGUGCCGCUCGUCAUCCACCGCGGCGUCACCUCCUCCAGCGUCCUCCUGGACGCCGCCUGGGCGCCGCGCCUGACCGGCUUCGUCGCGGCCGUGUGGCGGGCCGCCGGCGUGGAGUCCCAGCCCGUGGAGCCCGUCGCCGGCGCCGCCGCGGGCGGGUACGCGGACCCGGAGUACCUCCGCACGGGCCGGGUGAAACCGGCGAGCGACGUGUACAGCCUCGGCGUGGUGAUGCUGGAGGCGCUGACGGGGAACCCCGCCGUCGUGACGGUCUGGGAGGAUGGGAGCAAGAGCAUGGCCACCAUGACCCUGGCGUCGUUCGCGCUGCCGAGCAUCCAGGCCGGGAGGCUGGUGGACGUGCUCGACAGGCGCCCGGUGGCGGCGCCGACCGCGCGGCAGCUCCAGCCGCUGGAGCUGGUGGCGAGCGCGGCGGCGCGCUGCCUGUGUCUGCGCGGGGAUAACCGGCCGGCCAUCUCGGAGGUCGUCGCCAACCUCGAGCAGGCCCUCGAGCUCAUUUGCAGACAUGGACAUUUUUAG